AUGUCGUGGUCAUUAUCUAAUAAGACGAAGACUCGGGUUCAUCCAAAUAAAAUUAAAGAACACGAGAGAAACGAUUCUGUUUCAUCAUUAUCACCGUCUGAACUGGACCGGGCUAUAAAUGACGUGUUAAAGAGGACAGAGAGAUCUAAUGUUCUACGAUGUGAAUCAAUAUGUAGAGACAACCCAAUAACAUCAACUGGUAAGAAAACCCAACUCGUGAAGAUGGUCUCCAUAGUGAUGAUUCCAGUUGCUGUUCUAACCGGUCUUACAGCCAAUACGUUUGUGAACACGUUCACGAGCUACAUGUCGUCUGGUAUUAGGAACACCAUCUUGUACUCUGUGGAACUGGGUCAAGUCGUCCACAGUUUACAAAAGGAGAGAGAUAUGAGUGCUCUGUAUAUCAGUAAAAUCAGUCCAGUAUCUAAAUCCUUUCUAUUACAACGAUAUCCAGAGACGGAUAGAUCUAUUGAGAAACUUACAUUCUGGACGACUUUAUCCCGCUUGGAAUUUCAGUCAAAAGACAAGUUUCUGUCCUAUCUUAACAGGCAUAGGUAUGAACUUGAUACAUUGAAUCAAACAGUAACUAAAGAGCUGGAGAUGUACACGACAUUAAUUCGUGUAUUUAUCAAAUGGUUGUACGAUACGAUGACAGAGGAAGAGUCAGGGUUCAUCUGGAGAAGUCUUGUGGCCUAUCUAGAAGUUAUAAUAGUCAAAGAGUACAUGGGUCUAGAGCGAGCUUUAGGCAUGGUAUUCUAUGCUAAAGGGCGGUUCCCCUCACGUAAUGUUUAUCUCUGGUUCUCUGAGAGUCAGGAUGUGUCGAAUGCCACGUUUUUAUCAGCUAGACGUUAUUCUGAUCUGGUAGCUACUCUUUAUAACAAGAAUAUCAAGGGCAAUGAAACAACAUUGAGUGUUUUAACAAGUAUGAGGGCAGAGAUUAGACGAAAUGAGCUCAAUGGUUUAGGAUCUAUAAAGAUGGCGGAAUGGUGGUAUAACAAUAUGACCGUGUAUAUGGAUCUUCUACUCGAAACACAAUCAGAACUCGCCCAGGAAAUUACAGGAUUAUUGGACGAACGACAAAAAAUCAACCUGCAAAAACUCAUUGCUAUUUCAGUUGUUUUCGUCUGUGUCUUCGUCAUUUGUCCAAUAAUCAUCUACGCUGCUUAUAAACUGACCAAUGAAAUACAGAAAUAUUCUAUUAAUCUAACCAAUCGGACGAAGGCUUUAAACAAAGAGAAGAAGCGGACUGAAGCCCUUCUACAUCAGAUGUUACCACAAUCCGUUGCGACUGCUUUAACUUGUAACGAGGUGGUGGAUGCGGAGAAUUUUGAUGAAGCAACGCUCUUUUUCUCAGAUAUUCAAGGCUUUACACAUUUAUCUGCUCGUAGUUCACCGAUACAAGUGGUAGAGAUGCUGAACAGUCUAUACACGUGUUUUGAUGGUCGCAUCGCCCUCUAUGAUGUUUACAAGGUGGAGACAAUCGGCGAUGCCUACAUGGUUGUUUCUGGUCUACCGAUGAAGAAUGGUAUACAACACGCAGCAGAAAUAAGUAUUAUGGCUCUUGAUUUAUUAGAUCACAUCAGCUUAUUAAAGAUACCCCACCUACCUGGCACCAAACUAAAACUUAGAAUUGGAAUACACAGUGGAUCUGUAGUAGCGGGUAUAGUGGGCACCAAGAUGCCCAGAUAUUGUCUAUUCGGUGAAAGUGUUAGUAUAGCUGCUAAAAUGGAAUCACUCGGAAAACCUGGACGGAUACAUAUUAGCGAGACAACCCAUGAUAUACUUUUAAAUUUGGGAGGUUUUACAUUUGACGAAAGAAAGGAUUUAAUAAUCCAGGUUAGUUUUUUUGAUUGA